AUGCUGCUCUCCAAGCUCAACUCCCUGGCACACAUUUCCACCGACAUGCCGGCGAAGCUGCAAGUUCAUCCAGCCAAGGAGCCCUUCGAGAAGCUCUACCAGGUCGGGGCGGUGUUGGGCAGCGGGGGCUUUGGCACCGUAUAUUCCGGCACAAGGACAUCAGACGGUGCACCGGUGGCUGUCAAACAUGUUGCCAAGGACCGGAUCUCUGAGUGGGGGGAGCUGGCAAAUGGCUCCCGGGUUCCGAUGGAGAUUGUGCUGUUAAAGAAGGUCGGGACGGGCUUCAGGGGCGUGAUCAAGAUGUUGGACUGGUUUGAGCGAGCAGACAGCUUCAUUAUCGUCAUGGAGAGGCCCGAAAACGUCAAGGACUUGUUCGACUUCAUCACGGAGAAGGGCGCCCUGCCGGAGGAGCUGGCGCGUAGCUUUUUCCGCCAGGUGCUUGAGGCUGUGCGUCACUGUCACAGCUGUGGCGUAGUGCACCGAGACAUCAAGGACGAGAACAUUCUCAUUGACCUCCGGACUGGAGAGAUCAAACUCAUCGACUUUGGCUCCGGAGCCCUGCUGAAGGACACCAUUUACACAGACUUUGAUGGCACACGAGUUUACAGUCCGCCAGAAUGGAUUAAAUACCACCGCUAUCAGGGGCGCUCUGCCACAGUGUGGUCGCUGGGUGUGUUGCUGUACGACAUGGUGUGUGGAGAUAUCCCUUUUGAACACGAUGAGGAGAUUCUACAAGGGCAGGUCCUCUUCAGGAGGAGAAUCUCUGCUGAGUGCCAGCAGCUGAUCAAAUGGUGCCUUUCUUUGCGGCAAACUGAUCGGCCAUCCUUCGAGGACAUCAUCAAUCACUCGUGGAUGCAGAGCACAUCCUCUUCGGCGCUCCUGCCUGCGCCGCAAACGGACAAGUCGAGCACAGAGAUCGAAUUGCGCAGCAUCAGCCACGAGCCCUCUGCCUUUUCACCCACCCCUCUGGUCGUGGCAACGUGA